CAGGCCUUUGUGCGAGCGUCGGAUCUCAAGCGCCAUGUGAAGAUCCACACGGGCGAGAAGGAGCACAAGUGCACAUGGCUCGGGUGCACCAAGGAGUUCAUACAAAAAAGUGCACUAACCGUGCACAUGCGCAUCCAUACGGGCGAAAAGCCGCAUAAAUGCGACAUAUGCGAGAAACCUUUCGCAGAUUCGUCCAGCCGGGCGCGCCAUCGAAAAAUCCACAUGAGACAGGGCCACGUACCUUGCACCGUCCCCGGCUGUGGCAAAAGGUAG